AAAGCAGUGAGCCACUAGCCGGGCGGAUUGCUGCGCGCACCAUGGGGGAGAAAGCAGGGACCAGGGUCUUCAAGAAGUCAAGUCCUAACUGCAAGCUAACAGUGUACUUGGGCAAGAGGGACUUUGUGGAUCACCUGGAUCGAGUGGAUCCUGUGGAUGGAGUGGUGCUAGUGGACCCAGACUAUCUGAAGGACCGAAAAGUAUACGUGACACUGACUUGUGCCUUCCGAUAUGGUCGUGAGGACCUGGACGUUUUGGGCCUGUCAUUCCGAAAGGACCUGUUUGCAGCCACAUACCAAGCUUUUCCCCCCAUUCCUGACCCUCCCCAACCUACUACUCGACUUCAGGAAAGACUGCUGAGGAAGUUGGGCCAGCACGCUCACCCCUUCUCCUUCACAAUUCCACAGAACCUGCCCUGUUCUGUUACACUGCAACCUGGACCUGAGGACACAGGGAAGGCCUGUGGGGUAGACUUUGAGAUUCGAGCCUUCUGUGCCAAAGCAUUGGAAGAGAAAAUCCACAAGAGGAAUUCAGUUCGGCUGGUAAUUAGGAAGGUACAGUUUGCCCCAGAGAAACCAGGUCCUCAGCCUACUGCUGAAACUGCCCGACACUUCCUCAUGUCUGACCGAUCCCUGCACCUUGAGGCCUCAUUGGACAAAGAGCUAUAUUACCAUGGGGAGCCACUUAGUGUUAAUGUCCAUGUCACCAACAACUCCACCAAGACUGUCAAGAAGAUCAAAGUCUCUGUGAGACAAUAUGCUGAUAUCUGCCUCUUCAGUACUGCCCAAUAUAAAUGUCCAGUGGCUCAGAUAGAACAAGAUGACCAGGUGUCUCCCAGUUCCACAUUCUGUAAAGUGUAUAAUCUAACCCCACUGCUCAGUGAAAAUAGGGAGAAACGAGGACUUGCCUUGGAUGGGAAGCUCAAACAUGAAGAUACCAAUCUGGCCUCCAGUACUAUAGUAAAGGAAGGCGCCAACAAAGAGGUACUGGGCAUCCUUGUCUCUUAUAGAGUCAAAGUGAAGUUGGUUGUGUCUCGGGGAGGGGAUGUUUCCGUGGAGCUCCCCUUUGUCCUAAUGCACCCCAAACCUCAUGACCACACCACUCACUCCAAACCUCAGUCAGACCCACCAACUAUUUAUUCCCUUCCUUUCCUUUUAGCUGUUCCUGAGAUAAAUGAUCCAGUGGAUACCAAUCUCAUCGAAUUUGAGACCAACUAUGGCACAGAUGAUGACAUUGUGUUUGAGGACUUCGCCAGGCUUCGGCUCAAAGGAAUGAAGGAUGAAGACUAUGAUGACCAAUUCUGCUAGGGGGGAAGAGUGGAAAAGGAGAGAAGAGAUGCUGGGGGAGAUAAGAGCAGGACCAAGCUCCCUAUUCUAAUUGGGGUUCCAUAUGUCCCUCCUAGGCUUAAAAGCACUGUACACAAUUUUUGAUUGAAGCUGGGCAUUAAUUUUAAGUUGCAAUUGCCCCCCCCCCCCAAGCAGCAGACUAUGUUUAUACCUGAAUUACUUGGGGUUUUGGUUUUUUGGGGUUUUUUUGGAGGAGGGGAUGGUGAGUUAUUGGGAAGAGAGAGAACCCUCACCCCACACAAGUAUACCUGUCAUUGCCUCUACAGAAUCCCCCUGGGAGGUGGGGGAGUUGCUAUGGAUCUAAGCAAAAAGAAUAAUUUUUUUAAGCUGAAAGUGUAUGUGUUUUCUCUGACCUCGGGCUUAAUAAAAAAUUAUGGGAUGGAGAGGAGGUAGCAGUAAUAUCUUAUUUUUAGUCUCGAGAAGAUCAAA